ACUGGCAGCCUCCCAACCUUUCAGAACCUGUUCCUGCAACACGAGACCCAGACAGCAAGGGCUGGAUUUCAUGAACACUGGCUCCUAACUGUUUGCCUCAGUGCAAGGUCCACAUCGCAAGCCUCCGCUUAGCAAUUUCUGCAGAAAGCAUCCCUAAAGGCACUCAGCAAGACACCACCAAAUUGACUGCAGCAAAGAGAAAUUUCAUCAUCUACAGAGGGCUCCUCUUCAGGUGUUCCCACAAGGCUUGGUGUGAAGACAGCUUUCCAGGCUUACGUGUCUUGCGUGAUGUUCCUGCUGCAAGGUGCCCAGAUGCUGCAGAUGCUGGAGAAAUCCUUGAGGAAGAGCCUUCCUAUGUCCUUAAAGGUUUAUGGGACCGUCGUGCACAUGAACCAUGGAAACCCAUUCAAUCUAAAGGCCCUGGUGGACAAGUGGCCUGAUUUUAAGACAGUGGUUAUCCGCCCUCAGGAGCAGGACAUGAAAGAUGACCUUGAUCACUACACUAAUACUUACCAUGUCUACUCUGAAGAUCUUAAGAAUUGUCAGGAAUUCCUUGACUUACCAGAAGUCAUCAAUUGGAAACAGCAUCUGCAGAUCCAAAGUACACAGUCCAGCCUGAAUGAAGUAAUACAAAAUCUUGCAGCCACGAAAUCCUUCAAAGUCAAGCGAUAUAAAAACAUUCUCUAUGUGGCAUCUGAGACACUAAAGGAACUGACUCCAUCCCUGCUGGAUGUAAAGAACUUACCAGUCGGCGAUGGCAAACCCAAGGCCAUCAACCCAGAGAUGUUUAAGCUCUCAUCUGCGGAUCUUAGCCAUGCGGCUGUGGUGAACAGAUUCUGGCUUUUUGGCGGCAACGAGAGGAGCCUGAGGUUCAUCGAGCGUUGUAUCCGGAGUUUCCCCAACUUCUGCCUGCUGGGGCUUGAGGGGACCCCUGUGUCCUGGUCCCUGAUGGACCAGACGGGAGAGAUGCGGAUGGCAGGCACCCUGCCUGAGUACCGGGCCCAGGGGCUCGUCACCCAUGCCGUCUACCAGCAGGCCCAGUGUCUGCUCAAGCGGGGCUUCCCCGUGUACUCUCACGUGGACCCCAAGAACCAGAUCAUGCAGAAGAUGAGUCAGAGCCUCAACCAUGUGCCCAUGCCCUGUGACUGGAACCAGUGGAACUGUGAGCCUCUGUGAGUGGCCCUGAGCAGGAGCCAGGGUGGAGGGGUCUGAGGACAUGACGGGGGGUAGAGCGUGGUGGAGGGAAGAAUAAAUUGUGGCUGCAAUCACCAUGAA